AUGGCGGUCGCCGACUAUCGAAAAUACCUGGCAGAGAAUGUCCUCAAUGAGCGCCGAACUGUCACAUAUCGCUCGUUAGGCCGAGCUCUCAAGGUCCAUUGCAACCAGGCCAAGCAGAUGCUAUAUGACUUUCAUCAUUCCGAGAACAAGAAGAAGCCGCAGAGCGUACAUGCGACCUACGUCAUUACAGGAAUUCAGAAGCCGCAGGAGAUCUUAAAUACGAAUGGAGCUCACACUGGGAACGACCGCGAGGAUGGAGAUGAUAUCAUGCAGAGCAGCCCUUAUAUGCCCAGCUCGAUGCCGAACCAGGAUUCAGUCGCCGACGAAGUCGCAACAACUUCCAUCAUUCUAGCGCGCGAGGAAGAUCUAGAAGGCAAUCUACAGGCCACAGUUCUACAAGAUCUGAAUGUGCUGAUUGAUGUCAAUCGGGAGUUGUUGACAGCGUAUGCUCAUGAAGACCCUUUGGAGUAUGGGAAGCAGUUGGGGAUGAUUCAGAAUCAAAACGUCAAGCGGAGAACAGGAACACGACCUCCUGCUCCUGCUCCUGCUCCCAAAUCCACAAUUCCCUCGAAACGUCCAUCACAAGAGUCCUCGACACCAGCCGUGAAGCCAGAAAGUAAGAAGGUUGAGGAGGUAGAUUCUAAGCCGCAGAAAAAGCCGGAAGAGAAGCCCUCUGCAAAACCAAAACCUAGCUCCAAGAGUGCGCCACUCAAACGCGAGAAAAGCGAUCUCUUCAGUUCUUUUGCCAAAGCAAAGCCAAAGCAAAAGAAAGAGGACUUUGGAACUCCUGCUGUGUCUGGUGCUGAAUCGGCCGAGCCUAGUGGCGUGGAAGACGUGGUUCUGGGCGAUGCCUCAGACGAAGAUGAACCCGAGGAACUAUUCCCCGAUUCUGCGAAACCCACAACCACUGAGACGCGCGAGACGAGGAAGGAGCGCGAGGAAAGGCUAAGGAAGAUGAUGGAGGAUGACGAUGAUGAGGAUGAGGAAAUGGCCGAUGUUGCAGAAUCUCCGGCGGAGGAAGAAAAGACCAUUGACCAGCCACCUCCCAAACAAGAGGAACCAAAGCAAGAAGUAACAGUAUCAGGAGGACGCCGGAGAGGCCGGCGCCAAGUAAUGAAGAAGAAAACUGUCAAGGAUGAUGAAGGAUACCUUGUGACCGUCGAAGAAGCUUCGUGGGAAUCCUUCUCGGAGGAUGAACCUGCACCCCCUCCCAAGAAGAAAGCAGCUGUGAGUGCGCCGAAGGGCAAAGCGGGAGGAAAGGCUGGUCAAGGCAACAUUAUGUCCUUUUUCUCCAAGAAGUGA